AUGUCAAGUUUAAUGCUAGAUAUAAAAUAAGUUAAGGACGCAUAAAAAAUCAUUGAUCAUCUUAAGUCAUACAAUAAAGAUUGGAGAAAAUUAUAAGAAGACAUUCAAAAGGAAAUUUCCAAUUAAAUAUAAGUUGAAUGUCAAUAGGAAAGAUAAUAGAUAUAAUGGAAUCCAUUAGACUUGAUGAAGUUGAAAAAUAAGUUAUCAUAAUCAUUUAAAAACAAUGAGGAAAUUAAUUUUCUUCUUUAAUAUAUAUAAAAAAAGUAAAGCUAAGAAAUUCUAAAUUUGAUUUUAUGUUCUGAAUUUAAUUCGCUUAGUGAAUGUUUAAAAUUAAUUUCAAAAAUUACAAAUAAAAAAUAACCUUAGUAAAAUAAAGGGAUAUUAAAAAUGGAUGAAAUUAAAAUAGAUAGAUCUAUUAAGGAGAAUUAAUAAAUAAAAGAUUUGUUUUCUAAAUUUCAAUCCUUAAACAAAAGAAGUAACUAUCAAAUCAAUUAAUAACUUGAAUAAUUAUACAAUACCUUAGAAUAACAACAAUAAAAUUUUUAAGUUUCUGAUUUUAAUUCAUCUCCAUAAUUGGAAUAUGAAGAUCUAUUAUACUUGUGUAAAAAUGUAAAUCAGCAUUUCUCUUAUUAUCCAAGACCUGUUUAAUUAUUAUCUGUUAUAGAAUUAUAUAAUCAUUAAGAUAAAAAGGGUCGUUUAGCAUAGAUAAAUACGGGGGAAGGAAAAACUCUAAUUGUAGCAAUGCUAGCUAUUCUAUUGUGUAAAAAGAAAAAAUUAAAUGUCGACAUUGUAACUAGCUCUCCAGUCUUGGCGAUUAGGGAUGCUAAUGAUUUAGCUCCAUUUUAUCAAUUAUUUUCAGUAUCGGUAGCUCAUAAUAUAAAUGAGUAACCAAGCAACUUAGAAGAGAUGCUUCCAUGUUAUAAAUCUCAAGUCAUAUAUGGAGAUCCUCAUAGUUUCUAAGCUGAUAUACUUAGACAUAAAUAUUCAGAAUUAGGAACGAUGGGAGACAGACAAUAAGGGUAUAUCAUAAUAGAUGAAGUUGAUGCUAUGCUUAUUGAUGGAAAUAGCCAUAAGACUUUAUUAAGCACACCAAUUCCAGGAAUGCUUGACUUAACCAAAAUACUUAGAUUGAUUUGGGAUGAAAUUUGUAAAUCAGAGCCAAAUCUAUCAACAGAUAGAAAAGUGAUGAUAAUAGACGGAAAAGAUUAUUAUUGUAUUGAUUUAGUAGAUUAUGUUUAAAAAGCUUUGGAUAUUUAAAUAAAGGAAGCCUUAUAAAAUUAAAUACCUGCCUUUCGAUUAAAUUAUAUCAACUUUAUGAAGAAACUUUGGAUUGAAAAUGCUGUAAUGGCUAAAUAUGAUUACCACGAAAAUUAACAUUAUCUUAUUGAUAAUAAUAAUGUUCGAAUUAUUGAUUAUUAAAAUACAGGAGUUGUCCAUAAGAAUAAUACAUAAUGGUAGAAAGGAUUACAUUAAUUUAUUUAAUUGAAACAUGGUCUUUCUAUAACUCCAUUAAAAAUUAGCACUAAGUUAUUGUCUAAUGUUGGUUUCUUUAACAGAUAUAAGCAUUAACUUUUAGGUCUAACAGGUACAUUGGGAUCCCAAAUCACACAAAAUUUAUUAGCCAAAAAAUACAAUGUUGACUUUGUUUUCAUGCCUCCUUAUAAAUAAAGUCUCUUGAAAGUAGAGCCAGGAAUAGCAGCCUAAGGAGAGAAUGAAUGGUUUGAAGAAAUAUCAAAAGGAGUAUUGUAAUAGUUGGAGAAAAAAAGAGCUGUACUAAUUAUAAAUAGAACUAUUGAAGAUGUUCAUAAAAUUGAAGGUUAUUUAAAAAAUUACAAUAUUAAAUCUACCACUUAUGUUGACGAUAAUUAAUAAAUAUCAAAAGAAAUUGGUCCAAAUCAAAUUAUUAUUGCUACAAAUUUGGCUGGAAGAGGAACAGAUUUGACUGCUAAUAAAGAAUUGGAAACUAAUGGAGGUCUGCAUGUCAUUAUGUCUUUUUUGCCUCGUAAUGUUAGAAUUUAACUUUAAGGGUUUGGUAGAGCUGGAAGAUAAGGCUAAUAGGGUACAGCCUAACUUAUAGUAAAUUUCUAAACAAAUCUAUAUCUGGGAACAUUAAAUUAAAUUAAAACACCGGAAGAUGCAAUAAGUUAUUAUAAAAAUAACUAAAAGCAAUAAAAUUAUACUUACUUAGAUGUUCUUAUAUUUUUUCGAGAUUUAAAUGAAUAAUAAUAUUCAAAUGAGAUAGAGGAAGAGAUGGAUAAAUUACAAAAUGAAGACAAAUGUUUUGAAAAGUUCUUCAAUAUUGCAAAGACUUAGGUAAAUAUUAAAACACAUAGAGCUGAAUAUCUAGCUUUGGAGGAAAAAUGGGGACUUUAUUUGGAACAAAAUUAAGAUAAAGGAAUAAAAGAAGAUGAAAUCGAAAGUGUUUUGAUUUCUAAAGAAGUGUAAAAUCCAAAAAAUUUGAUAUAUUAGGGACUUUAAAAUGGAGAUUUAAAUAUUUUCAAAAAGGCAGCUGAAAUAGCUAUUUGCGAUCCUUAAGUGUACUAUUUUAAAGGAUUAUUUGAAAUUUAAAAUGAAGAAAUAUAAAACGGAAUAUAAUCAUUAUAGUAGGCAAAAUCAUUGUUUAACAAUAAAAUUGAUGAUGAAAAAGGAUUUGCUACAGCUGCUAAAUUAAAUAGAAUUCAAGUAGAUUCGUUUUAAGAAAAGUAAUAAAUAAACAAACCUUCAUAGACAAAUAUUUAAUAGGAAGAUUCACAAAUGAAAAAGUUAAACUUAAUAAAUGAUUCAAAAAAUCAAAAAAUAUCUGCAGUUUAAUUUUUGGAAUAAAGCAAAGUCUCAAAAGAUGCUGUUGAUUAGAAAAUAUAAAACCAUUUAAAAGUGUAUUAAAAAGCAAUAGAUAAUAUUGAUGAGCUUUUAAACACAUUAAAAAACUUCCAAUCUGAAAAGGAAGAGCUAAAUUUAAGUUGGUAACCAGUAAUUACGAAAGAAGAAAAGGAGAACGCAGAAUCAGAGCAAUCUAUUAAAGAUUAGCAAGAGGUUAUUGAUGAUGGACCUUUACCUUAGUUUGGGAAACUUACUAAGAUAAAAAAAGAGAAAAAAUGGGGUGAUUAUAUUGCAAUGUUUGCAAUAGGGUUAGGUUAAUUUGUUAUCGGGUGUGGAAUAUGUGCAUUUACUUGCGGAGUAGCUUUACCCAUUGGAAAAGCAUUGAUUACUGAAGGAAUUUCGGAUAUGAUAUAUUCAGUUACUGCAGCUUGGAAAGGGAUCGAUAUUGAUUGGGGAGCUUGGGGAAAAUAAAAAUCCAUUAAUAUUGCCACAUCAUUGGCUUUGGCAGGACAAGCUGGUAUUUAAGAAGCUCUUAAACUUGGUGGCUCAAUGAUUAAAUCCUUAAAGAAAAUUGGACUUUCUGAGUUUUUACAAAAAAUCCCUUCCAUUACAAGAGAAGGUUUGGAAAAAGCAGGAUUUUGGUUGACCAAUUAAGAAAAGAAAAAUUUAUAAAAUUAACAUGAAACUCUUUAAAAGAUUACAGAUUCUACAAAGAAUGUUGAUAACUAAACUCAAAUUCUCAAUGUCGCAAAUUAAAUCAUAUAAAAUUAAAAAAACCUAGGCCUUAUAUCUGAGUCAACAGCUUCUGAAAUUCUUCAGUUAAUUAAUUUGUGCUCCAAAUAGUCAUAAGGAACUGUUGAAGGAUUUAAUAAUAGUCUAGUUUAAGCAUCAUUAAAGUUUAUAAAGUUAUAGAUGGCCAAAGCUAAAUCUGAAAAAAAUGUUUAUGAAAUUAAAAAAGAUUUGGUAGAGAUUUGUUAAAGAGAAGGAAAUAAAAAGUAUGAUUAGGUAAAAAACGAUAUUUAAUAAUAUAAUUAAUUUAAGUAAGCUCUUAAUAAUGAAUUACAAAAAUUUUCCAAUAUUAUUUGGAAUUAUUUUAAACAAGAUUAAGAAGUCUAAAAAAAAAUUAUUUUUCUAGAUCUUUAUUUUGAAUUAUUCUGCGAUCAACAAUAAGUCUAAAAAAUAGUUACAAAUAAUAUCGUAUAGUCUCAUCUUCAAAAAUAUUUUAGUAUUCACAAUAAAACUGUUCAAAAUGCUUGUAAUUAAGUGUAAAUUUCAAACCCUCACUCUAUGAAUUAGUUUUAUUAAAUAGUUAUGAGACCUAGCAUUACCCAAACAUUGAAUGAUUUAAGACCUUAAAUAUUAUAUACAGAACCAUUAGAAAUUGUAUUUUAAUAGGAGUAUUUGAAUAAGUUUCUCUCACUAUAAUAGUAGUCUAAAAUUAUGAAAAACGACUUAGAAAUUCAACAGAAGGAGCUUAAAUAUUAAUAAGAUUUGAUUACUCGCCGAAUCUAAAAUUCAAGUAGUGAAAUUAUGAGGAUUAAUUAGGUAUUAUAAUAAUGAUAUCAUUAGGCUAUCGAAUAGUUUAAUUUUAAUUAGGAAUUAAUAGAACAAUUAUUGAAGGAUAUUAAAGAAAUAUAGAAUUUUUAAAAUGAGUAAUUUGUGAAGGAACUUAUUUGCAACAUGAAAAAUAAAGGGAUGAUCUAUGAUGAUGGGAUUUCAUUCUCUCCAAAAUUUUAACAAGAAUUUAAGAAUUUCUUAAUGAAAUAAAAUUUUAACAAGAGGAUGAAAGAUAUUACCCAAUAAGCUAUGGAAAGCAGCUUAAAUUUAAUUUCUAAAAUAAAUUAAACAUCAAAUAAAACACUGACAAAUAAAUUGUUAGAAGCAAUAGAAGUUGAAAUGAUUGAUUAGGUAAAAAAAUUAAUUUUUGACUUAAGAAUGUAAAAUGCAGAUACAAAAAUCACAAGUAAAUUCAAUUGA